ACAGAGUUUAGUGCGGCGAUUUUGCCGCACAAAAGAAAAUAAGAAAACAGAGGCUGAUAAGUGCUGGGCUGUAUUUUUGUUUACACUUUGCUUUUGCACCUAAAUAGUUCCAAGUCGGUCGGUUCUUUGUUUUUUCGCUCCUGUAAACUGAGAAGCAACCAAGUGUGGUCACUUCCAAGACCUUUAUGGAAAUUUAAAGGCACCAGUUCGAGAAAUAUCGCAGGUAAUGGAAAUUACACAUCAUCUUUCGCAAAAGGCCAUUCGAAAGGAGAACCAAAUUCGACCGAAGGCGAAUGCGAGGAGAAACUUCCGAGGAAAGGAUGAUUUGUGCUCGGGAAACGUAAUUGCCAACGACUCUAAACCAAACACGAUAGCUUCGGCGCUGAUGUGGAAAGUAGGCGUCUUACAAGCGAUGACGGAGAAAAAGCCACUAGAACGGAAGUUAUGGUUUAACGAAAUCUAUUACCGCUGUGCGGAUAUGCUGGGAAAUUGCCAACGGAUUACAUGGCAGCAAGAAGGAUUUUUUCAGAAUUUCGGUAACGGACUGCGUUGCUCCUGUAUAAAGGAGACCACCCAAGCUAUCUAUGAUAAGUUAGAGAUUUAGUAUUAAUAAAUUUACUCAACGUAGUUGGCCUCUGAAA